CCUAAACUAGUAACACACAAACAGUUGUACUUUUCAUGUUUUUAUUAAACACGUUGUUUUAAUCAUUCACAGUCCAGGCUGGAAAAAGUAUGUGAACUCUUGUAUUUAAUAACUGGUGGAACCUCCAUUAACAGCAAUAUCCUCCACCAAACAUUUCCUGUUGCUGCUGAUUAGACCAGAAGUAUUUCAGUUCAUCAAUAUUUCUGGGAUACCUUGCACAAACAGUCCUUUUCAGGUCAUGCCACAGCAUCUCAAUGGGGUUAAGGUCUGAACUCUGACUUGGCCAUUCCAAAACAAUAAUUUUCUUCUUCUUAAACCAUUCUGUUGUUGGGUUACUCUUGUGUUUCAGAUCAUUGUGUCAUCCAGCUUCUAUUAUGCUUCAGGUGACAGGCACCUAACCCGCCAUUCUCCUGUAAAAUAUCUUGAUACAAUUUUGAAUUCAUUUUUCACUUGAUUGAAAGCUGUCCAAACCCUGAGGCAGCAAAGCAGCCCCAAGCUACAAUACUGCUUCCACCAUGCUUCACAGUUGGAAUCAGGUUUCAGUGUUGGUGUGCAGUGCCCCUUUCCUUCCAAGUACAGCGGUGUGCAUUUCUGCCAAAAAGUUCAACUUUUGUCUCAUCUGUCCACAGAACAUUGUCCCAAAAGUGUUGUGGAACAUCCAGGUGGUCUUUUGCAAACUUGAGAUGUUCAGCAAUGUUUUUUCUUUGGAGACCAGUGGUUUCUUCUGUGUGUUCUUCCAUGAACACCAUUAUAGUUCAGUGUUUUUCUUAUAGUGGGCACAAACUUUAGCAAGUUCUAGAGAUUUCUGCAGGACUUUUGCUGUUACCUUUGGGUUCUUUGUCACCUCCUUUAGCAUUGCACUUUGUGCUCUUGGUGUGAUCUUUGCAGGACUCCCACUGCUAAGGAGAGUGGCAACAGUACUGAAUUUCCUCCAUUUGUAGACAGUUUCUCUUGCUGUGGACUGAUGAACACUCAGGUCUUUAGAAAUGUUCUUGUAGCCUCUUCCAGCUUCAUGCAUCUCUACAAUUCUUCUUCUAAGGUCCUCUGAAAGUUGUUUUAAUGGAGGCAUGGUGCACAUAAACAUCUUUCUUAAGAAGAGCAGGCUCUCUCAUUAACCUGACUUUGUGUGUGUUUUUCUAAAGGGCAGGGCACCUCGACAAUCCACACCUCCAGUCUCAUCUCAUUGAUUGGAGCACCUGAUUCCAAAUAAGGCAUUACCCCAGAAGCUCACAUACUUUUUUGAACUGAGACUGUGAUUGUUUAAGUGGUGUACUCAGUAUUGACGAGAGGUGCAAUUGUUUGCAUGUUAUUAGUUUAGGCAGGUUGUGUUUAUCUAGUAUGGUGACUUAGAUGAAGAUUAGACCACAUUUUAUGAGUAAUUAAUGCAGAAAACCAGGAUUCACAAACUUUUUCUUGCAACUUGUAUAUUUGGGCAAAUAGAUCAGUUAAAAUGUGUGUAGAAAUGAUGUGCAGUUGGAAUACAUUUGCGGUUAAAAAACCAGGCAGACGCUUCCUUUGAAGGGUUGAAUCUGGCCCAUUACCGCAAUGCACCUCCUGCUGUCUUUCCACAGCCUCAGUUACCACUUAGAGUUCUGUGGCUCCAGUCAACCAGUCUUGUGAACUGGAUGUCACGAUUGUGCUGUGAGGUGGAACAGGGAGCGAGCUGUGCCUAGGUAUCAAAUGGUAGAUCAUGAUUCCUUGUCCUGGAAUGCAAUGCAACCUUUUGAUAGCUUGAUGUUGAGGACCUUUUUAGUUGUUUUUAAAUGUCUCCGAUAAUUAGUGACCUUUUGAUGUUUUAGGUUCACAAUAGAUCAGCUUUUCUUGGAGAGGUCAAAGGCUGGUGACGUGGGACCAUAAAACUAUGUUUAAAUAUUUGAGAAGUGACUUUUUUGGUAUUUCAGAUUUAGGAUAGAUUAAGUAUUCUUGGAAAGAUCAAAGGCUGGUGAUGUGGCACCAUAAAGUGAGGUAUCUCAUUCUGAGACCAAGUCUCCAAUCUGAACGGUUAAUUGUUUUUUCUUUCCACAGAUGCUACUCGACUGCCUGAAUUCUUCCUACACAUUUGUUUCUGUUUCAGAUUUUCAUACCUACUGUAUUAUUUGUUUUCCAAAGGUAUUUUAAAUAUCUCUGUGAAAACAGGUUUUCAGGUACUUGGGUAAUUGGAACUUUCUCUGGGACGGGGUGACCUGUGCAGAAGGGGCGGGUUGCACGUAAACUGUAGGGUAAACGAUAUUCUGGCCGGGAGGUUCACUGGUGCUACUCGGGAGGGUUAAACCUAGUUUGGCACGGGGUUGGGAACCGGAACACCAAGUCAGAAGUGAAGGGGUGAACAAGAAGGUAGAUGUCAAGGCCAGUAAAAACAGGCUAGAGCAAAGUAAUAGAUACAAUGAGACUGAUUAGUUUGAAGUGUGUGCAUUUUAAUGCUAGGAGUAUUAUAGGUAAAGGUGAUGAAUUUAGAGUAUGGAUCUGUACAUGGAACUAUGAUGAUGUGACCAUUGCAGAGACUUGGCUUAGAGAGGGACAGGAAUUGGUGUUUAAAAUCCCAGGGUCUUGAUGAUUUAGAAGAGAUAGAGAGGGAGGUGAAAGAGGUGGGGAUGUUGCACUAUUCAUCGAGGACAAUAUCACAGCUGCACUCAGAAGGGAUAUAAUGGAGGGCUCGUUCUCUUAGUGUAUAUAUGGGUAAAACUCAAAAAUAAGGAAGUGUGCAAUCACUCUAAUGGGAUUCUACUCCUGACCAUCUCCCCCCCGAAAAGCCACUGGGACAUGGUGGAGCAGAUGUGCAGGUAAAUUAAGGAAAGGUGUAAAAACAAUAGGGAUGUUGUCAUGGUGGACUUCAUCUUCCCUAAUAUAGAACAUUGCGAUCUCUUCUGGGGAAGAUACGACCUGUAUAAAAAGAACAGGUUACACCUGAACCCAAGGAGGACCAAUAUCCUUGCUGUGGGCAGGUUUGCUAGAGCUGUAGGGGCGGGUUUAACCUACUUUAGCAGGAGGAUGGGAACCAGAUUGAUAGGGCUGAGGAUAGUGCAGUUGGUAUGUAGUGUGUCGUGAGAUUGUGAGGAAGGACAGGCUGAUAGGGAAAAAUUGCAGUCAUUGGAUGAGUUAAAGUGUAACAGGAAACCAAAAUUGUAAAGGGUGAUGAAUACAGGACUGAAGAUGUUGUGUUUAUAUGCACACUGUAUAUAAACGAUCAGGUCGAUGAUCUUGCAGCGCAGUUAGAGAUUGGCAGGUGUGACGUUGUAGGCAUUGCUGAGUCAUGGCUGAAAGAAGAUCUAGGAGCUUAACAUCUCAGGAUAUACGUAGUAUGGAAAGGAUAAGCAGAUAGUCAGAGGAGGUGGGGUGGCUCUGUUUGUAAAAAAUGAAUCAAAUCCUUAGAAAGAGGUGACAUAGGAUUGGAAGAUGUAGAAAUACAAGGAUACAAAGACCCUGAUGGGGUUAUAUACAGGCCUCUGAACAGUAGCCACGACGUAGCCUACAAAUUACAAUGGGAGAUAAAAAAGGCAUGUAAAAAGGAAAAUGUUCUGCUAAUCAUGGGGAAUUUCAAUAUACAGGUAGAUGGGGAAAAUCUGGUUGGUGCUGGAUCCCAAGAGAGGAAAUUUGUAGAAUGCCUAUGAGGUGGCUUUUUAGAGCAGCUUGUGGUUGAGCCCAGAAGGGGAAUGGCAAUUCUGGAAUGGGUGUUAUGUAAUGACCCAGAUUUGAUUUAGAAGCUUAAGGUAAAGGAACCCGAAGGAAGCAGUGAUCAUAAUAUGAUCAAAUUUACCCUUUUAUUAAGGAUUAGGUUUCAGGAUUACUCGGAGGCACGUGACAAAAUUUGCUAAAGUCGGCUAAUUUUCCUUCUAGGGGAAAUCUUGCCUGACAAAUCUGCUGGAAUUCUUUGAGGAAAUAACAGGCAGGAUAGACAAAGGAGAGUCAGUGGAUGUUGUUAAUUUGCAUUUUCAUAAGGCCUUUGACAAGGUGCGGCACAUCAGGCUGCUUAACAAGAUAUGAACUUGAAAGAAAGAUACUAGCAUGGAUAGAAGACUGGCAGGAGGCACAGUGUGGGAAUAAAGGGAGCCUUUUUUGGUUGGCUGCUGGUGACUAGUGGUGUUCCACAGGCGUCAGCGUUGGGGCUACUUAUGUGAAUGAUUUGGAUGAUGGAAAUGAUGGCUUUGUGUCCAAGUUUGCAGAUGAUACGAAGAUAGGUGGAGGGGCAGGUAGUGCUGAGAAAACAGGAUAUCUGCAGAAGGAACUUAGACAGAUUGGGAGAAUGGGCAAAGUCAUGGCAGAUGGAAUAUAGUGUAGGGGAGUGCAUGAUCAUGCACUUUGUUAGGAAGAAUUAAGGUAUGGGCUACCUUCUAAAUAGGGAGAAAAUUCAAAAAUCAGAGGUGCAAUGAUUCCUUAAAGGUUAACUUGCAGGUUGAGUCAGCAGUAAGAAAGGCAAAUGUAAUGUUAGCAUUCAUUUCAAGAGGACUAGAAUACAAAAGCAAGGAUGUCCUGCUGAGCCUUGAUAAGGCAUUGAUCAGACCACACUUGGAGUAUUGUGAGCAAUUUUGGGCCCCUUAUCUAAGAAAAGAUAUGCUGGCAUUGGGACUCAGUCCAGAGGAGGUUCACGAGAAUGAUCCAGAAAUGAAAUAGUUAACAUGAGUAGCAUUUGAUGGCUCUGGGCCUGUACUUACUGGAGUUUAGAAGAAUGAGGGUGGGGGUGGAAUCUCAUUGAAAUCUGUCAAAUAUUGAAAGGCUUCGAGAGAGUGGAUAUGGAGAGGUUGUUUCCUGUAGUGAGGGAGUUGAGGACUAGCGGGCACAGCCUCAGAAUAGUGGGGCUUCCAUUUAGAACAGAGAUGAAAAAAAAAUUCUUUAACUAGAUGCUAGUGAAUCUGUGGAACUCAUUGCCACAGAAGGCUGUGCAGGCCAAGUUAUUGUGUAUAACUUAAGGUGGAGGUUGAUAGGUUCUUAAUUAAUCAAUGCUCAAAGGUUACGGGUAGAAGGCAGGAGAAUGGGUUUGAGGGGGAUAGUAAAUUAGCCAUUAUGGAAUGGCACAGAAGACUUGAUGGAUCAAAAGCCAUAAUUCUGCUCCUAUGUCUUAUGGUCUUAUAACAGGAACUUUCUGAGUGCAAGAGGCUUAGAUGAGACAGAAUUUGUUGGGAGCAUCCAGGAAGGUUUCUUAAAACAAUAUGUAGAUAGUCCAACAGGAGGAGGAGCUGUACUGGACCUGGUGCUGAGUAAUGACACUUCUUUUGGAUUCCAGACCUAACCAGUUCCCCUCUACCACCACUCUCCUCUGUCUAGCGGAAUUAGUCCUUACUCUUAAUAAUUUCUCCUUUGGCUCCUCCCACUUCCUCCAAACUAAAGGUGUAGCCAUGAGCACCCGUAUGGGUCCCAGCUAUGCCUGCCUUUUUGUUGGCUUUGUGGAACCAUCCAUGUUUCAAACCUAUACUGGUAUCUGCCCCCACUUUUCCUUCGCUACAUUGAUGACUGCAUUGGUGUUGCUUCCUGCAUGCAUGCAGAGCUCGUUGACUUCAUUAAUUUUGCCUCCAACUUUCACCCUGCCCUCAAGUUUACCUGGUCCAUUUCCGACACUUCCCUCCCCUUUCUUGAUCUUUCUGUCUCUACCUCUGGAGACAGCUUAUCUACUGAUGUCUACUAUAAGCCUACGGACUCUCACAGCUACCUGGACUAUUCCUUUUGCAAAAAUGCCAUCCCCUUCUCACAAUUCCUCCGUCUCUGCCGCAUGUGCUCUCAGGAUGAGGCUUUUCAUUCCAGGACGAAGGAGAUGUCCUUUUUCCUUUUUUAAAGAAAGGGGCUUCCCUUCCUCCACCAUCAACUCUGUUCUCAAACGCAUCUCUCCCAUUUCACGCACAUCUGCUCUCACCCCAUCCUCCUGCCACCCCACUAGGAAUAGGAUUCCCCUUGUCCUCAUCUACCACCCCGCCAGCUUCCGGGUCCAACAUAUAAUUCUCCGUAACUUCCGCCACCUCCAACGGGAUCCCACCACCAAGCACAUCUUUCCCUCCCCCCCCCCCCACUUUCUGCUUUCCACAGGGAUCGCUCCCUACACGACUCCCUUGUCCAUUUGUUCCCCCCAUCCCUCCCCAUCGAUCUCCCUUCUGGCACUUACCCUUGUAAGCGGAAUGAGUGCUACACAUGUCCUUACACUUCCUCCCUUACCACCAUUCAGGGCCCCAGACAGUCCUUCCAGGUGAGGCGACACUUCACCUGUGUGUCGGCUGGGGUGAUAUACUGCGUCCGGUGCUCCCGAUGCGGCCUUCUAUAGAUUGGCAAGACCCGACGAAGGCUGGGAGACCGUUUCGCUGAACACCUAUGCUCUGUCCGCCAGAGAAAGCAGGAUCUUCCAGUGGCCACACAUUUUAAUUCCACGUCCCAUUCCCAUUCUGAUAUAUCUAUCCACGGCCUCCGCUACUGUCAAGAUGAAGCCACACUCAGGUUGGAGGAACAACACCUCAUAUUCCAUCUGGGUAGCCUCCAACUUGAUGGCAUGAAUAUUGACUUCUCUAACUUCCGUUAAUGGCCCACCUCCCCUUCGUACACCAUCCCUUAUUUAUUUAUUCCCCCACUCUCCCCCCCUCCCCCCCAUCCCUCUCACUAUAACUCCUUGCCCAUCCUCUGGGCUUCCCCCCCUUUCUUUCUCCCUAGGCCUCCCGUCCCAUGAUCCUCUCCCUUCUCCAGCCUUGUAUCCCUUUUGCCAAUCAACUUUCCAGCUCUUAGCUCCCUCCCUCCCCCUCCUGUCUUCUCCUAUCAUUUCAGAUCUCCCCCUCCCCCUCCCACUUUCAAAUCUCUUACUAGCUCUUCUUUCAGUUAGUCCUGACAAAGUGUCUUGUCCCGAAACGUCGACUGUACCUCUUCCUAGAGAUACUGCCUGGCAUGCUGCAUUCACCAGCAAUUUUUAUGUGUGUUGCUCAAAUUUCCAGCAUCUGCAGAUUUCCUCGUGUUUGCUGCGUAAUGAGCCUGGCCAGGUAACUGACUUUUCAGCGGGUGAACAAUUAGGGAACAAGGACCACAACUCCUUAAGUUUUAAGAUGGCUAAAGAUCGGACGGCAUAGCGUGUGAUGAGGAACUGCUGCGUACUUGUCCUUGCAGAAACAUGGCUCCAGGACAACAUCCUAUGCACCAUCAAUCUACAGGCCAUGACACAGGCACUUGGGCUAUAUUAUUUGUUUAUUGUUUGUGACUGUAUGUUUUACUGCUGUCGUAAUUACUGUAUAUGUGUUUUGUGCCGUGUGUGACUGUUGGUACUGUGUUUUGCAUCUUAGCCCCGGAGGAAUGCUCUUUUGUUUGGCAGUAUUCAUGUGUGUCUUUGAAUGAUAAUUAAUCUUGAAAUUGAUAAGUCCCCGGGGCCUGGUGGGAUUUGAGAGAGGUAAGAGAGGAGAUCGUUGGGGCCUUGACCAAUACUUUUGUGUCCACUUAAGCCAGUCAAGGUCCUGAAGGACUCCGUUACUCAAGAAGGGAUCCAGCGAUAAUCCUAGAAACUAUAGAUUGGUGAAUCCCUUGUCAGUGGUAGGAGAGAGUUCUUAGGGAUAGGAUUUAUGAGCAUUUGGAAUCCAUUGCCUAGUUAGGAAGAGCCAGCAUGGCUUUGUGUGGGGCAAGUCAUGUCCUACUAACAUGAUUGUUUUUUUUUGAUGAGGUGUCGAGGGUGACCUGUGGAUGUUGUUUACAUGGAUUUUAGUAAGACUUUUGACAAGGUCUUUAAUGGGAGGCUCAUCCAGAAAAUUACGAUGCAUGGGAUCUAUGGUGAAUUUGCCAUUUGGAUCAAAACUAUCCUGCCCAUAGAUGACAGGGUAGUGAUUGGUGGGUCUUAUUCCAGCUGGAGGUCUGUGAUUACUGGCGUUCCAUAGGGAUCUGUGCUGGGGCUUCUGCUGUCUUGUCAGGUAUAUAAAUGACCUGGAUGAAAAUGUAGAUGGGUGGGUUAGUAAAUUGCAGAUGAUACAAAAAUUGAUGGUGUUGUGGAUAGUGUAGAAGGCCGACAAAGAAUACCACGGGACAUGGUUCAGUUGCAGAUAUAAGCAAGAAAUAGCAGCUGGCAUUUAACCCGGCCAAAUGUGAAGCUUGGUAGGUCAAAUGUUAAGAGGCAGUACACGGUUAGCAGCAAGAUCUUGAACCGUUUUAAUGAGUGAAGGGAUCUUGGGGUCCCAAGUUCAUAACUCCCUGAAAAUGACUGCACUAUUUUAGUAAGGUGGUUAAGGUAUAUGGCAUGCUUGUCUUUAUUAGUCAGGCAUUGAGUUCAGGAAGCUGUAUUGCAGCUUUAUAUAACUUUUGUUAGGCCACAUCUGUAGCAUUGCAUACAGUUCUGGUCUCCCAAGUACAAGAAAGAUGUUGAGACUUCGGAGAGGGUGCAGAAGAGGUUUUCCAGGAUGUUGCCUGGAUUAGGGGGCAUGUGCUUUAAUGAGAGGUUGGACAAACAUGGAUUGUUUUCUCGGAGGCUGAGGGGAAAUCUGACAGAGGUUUAUAAGAUUGGGAGAGGCAUAGGUAGACUAGACAGACAAUAUCUUUUUGGAAUGUCUAAUACCAGAGGGCAUACGUUUAAGAUGAGAGGAGGGAAGUUCAAAGGAGAUGUGUGGGACAAGGUUUUUACACAGAGGGUGGUAGGUGCCUGGAAUGCUCUGCUGGGGUGGUGGUAGAGGAACUAAUAUUAGAGACUUUUAGGAGAUAUGAAAGUGAGGGAAAUGGAAGGAUAUGGACAUUAUAUAGCCAGAGGGAAUUAGUUUAGUUAGCCAUUUGAUUACUAAUUUAAUUGGUUUGGCACCACAUUGUGGGCCAAAGGGCCUGUGUUGUACUGUUCUGUUUUUUAUGUUCUAUGUAAAAGUAAAUGGGUCAAGUACAUUUCUCAUUUAAAAUUGUUUGACAAUUGAAAAAAAUCAUUAAAACAUUGUAACACUUUUAGAGAUAGUCUUGCAAGUAGCAUCAUAAUGGUUUACUUUCUAUAAGUCUAGUAAUGGAGUUUAGAACAUUUUAGGACAGUCGAGUUCUAAAGUUCAAUGCUUGUCAACUUCUCUUAGUUCUGAAUGUAGGUCACAAUGAUAUAUGUUCUUAUUGCAUGUCCCAACUUGUUAGGGAGCUGAUGAAUUGCUUCCGUGAUGCUGUUGUGAAGGAAUUACAGGAUUCUAACCAAGCAACAGUGGA